AUGUCGAAACAAGAGCAACAAGAUGUCAUACUCAAUAGUGAUACCAAUAAUGGUAAUGUUACUAAUGACACCACCACUACCGACACUAAUCAUGCUGACAAAAAUUUUUACAACCGAGCAUAUGCUUUCACCUCAGUUCUUUCCGUAAUGUUGCUUGGUACGUGGGCAAUCCCAGUUUGUAUGUUAUCAUCAAUCGUAUUCCUAAAGGUUGGAUAUCAUUGGAGUCAAUACUUUGGAGUGUUGAUAUGUCUUGUUGGUAUUGGAGUAUUGCUUGCAGGAGAUCUUAACUCGGGACAAGAUUUUAGUGGUGCAGUGAAUAUGGGACUUGGUGAUGCAUUUUGUAUCAUAGGUGCAACACUUUAUGGUGCGAGUAAUGUAAUAGAAGAAUUACUUGUGAGACAAAGAUCGGUGUAUGAGGUGGUCGGACAAUUAGGAUUUUGGGGAAUGAUUAUCAGUGGUAUUCAAUUUUUAAUUUUAGAGCGCCAAGAACUUUCCGCUGUAGAAUGGAAUGGAAUUGGAAUGCUACUUGCAUAUACUAUUUCAAUGGUGUUUUUUUAUACUGGAGCACCAAUACUUUUCAAAUUAUCAUCAGCUACAUUCUUUAAUCUUUCUUUACAAACAAUUCAUUUCUAUUCAUUAAUAUUUAGUUUAUUAUUAUUCGGUGCCCAGAUGCAUCGUCUUUAUCCUGUGUCAUUUGUUAGCACCAUCAUAGGACUGUGUUUAUUCCAUUACAAUCCAGAAUCAAGGCCUAGUUACGGUCAUCCUGCUUCUCUUUCUAUUGGUAGGGAUCGCAGUGAUGUCAAAGGUAACGAUGAUAAUGAGGGCCGGAAUUCUGAUGAAAUAAAAGUCGAGGAAAAUGAAGUUACUACUGAUUUAAAUGUAUAA